AUAACUUUCACUCUCCCACAAAAAGUCUUGAACCUCCAGUUUGCAAUAUCCAAGUGCUCGUCCAUUCUCAACACCUGUCUCAAAAAUCAGCCAUCGUCCUCAGCUUGCCUCCUCCCCUCCCUGUCCCAUCCGAAAUGGCCCUGACCUACCUUGACAUGAUAAUCCUCAUCGCUUCCAUACCAGCAUUUGCUCUGUUGAUCCUUGCUGGCGCUCGGCUCGGGCGGCACUGUGCGCUGCGAAUGUUCGCACGCGACGACCGACAGUAUGUUUCCUUGCCUGUUGCCAACGUCCGCAUCGCCUAUACUCCGAAAAAUGAAGAUGAAUUGCAUCAUGUCAUGGAAAUGCUCUGCCACCCUGAUUUAGGUAUGCCCUCCCUCUCGGACCGGAUGAGCCGGCACCACCUCCACGAAUGUUAGUAGUAACAGGAACCAUCACCUCCGGGGCCAGCAUGAGGGGCUUAGG